AUGGGCAAGUGCAGCCCCCCACGCCUGGGGCCGGGGGACUCGGCGCUGUGUCACAAUCCGCUCAAACCCAGCGGGGGUCGGGAUGGUUCAUCAGCCCCAGGCCAGACACAGCUACAGACAGUCCUGGGCAAGCACCAAACACAGCUACAGACAGUCCUGGGCAAGCAUCCACCUCGGCCAGGCCAGAGCUCAGGUCAGGGUGAGUGGUGGGUCUCAGUCUCUGCUGAUGGUCGUGGGGCAGAUCAGAGAAACUUCGGACCGACUCUCACACGCUGUCCUUGUCCCCUCGGUGUCCCCUGUGCAGUGGUGGCCCGCAGCGCUCCGCAGGAGUCCGUGACCGGCAGCUUCGCCUCCUUCAUCCACGGGGCUCGGCCCGAGCACCUGUCCCAGACCGUGCGGCAGCGCAGCAAGAGGAUGAUCCUGGACAGCAUCGGCGUGGGGCUGGUGGGCAGCACCACGCGGGUGUUCGACAUCGCGCUGCGCUACUGCCGGGAGCUGUACUCCUCCGUGGCCGUCAGCUCCGUCUAUGGCAAGCCCGGGGUGAAGCUGUCCCCGACCCUGGCUGCCUUCACCAACGGCGUGGCGACCCAUUCCAUGGAUUUUGACGACACGUGGCACCCUGCCACCCACCCCUCCGGGGCCGUGCUCCCGGCUCUCCUGGCAGCUUCCCAGAUGCUGCCUCCCAACACCAAACCCAACGGCCUGGAAUUCCUGCUGGCCUUCAACGUGGGCCUGGAAGUGCAAGGGAGGCUCAUGCACUUCUCCACCGAGGCUCACGACAUUCCCAAAAGGUUCCACCCUCCCUCGGUGGUGGGCACCCUGGGCAGCGCCGCGGCCGCGGCCAAGCUGCUGUCCCUCAGCUCUGCCCAGUGCUGCCACGCCCUGGGCAUCGCCGCCUCCCUCGCCGGGGCGCCCAUGGCCAACGCCGCCACCCAGGCCAAGCCUCUCCACGUUGGGAAUGCCACCCGCCUGGGCUUGGAGGCCGCUCUGCUGGCGGCCCGAGGGAUGGAGGCCAACCCCUUGAUCCUGGAUGAUAUUCCCGGCUGCUCGGGGUUCAGCGCCUUCUACAGCGUCUACCACCCCAAACCGCUGUCGGCGCCCGGAGGGCACCACGAGUUCCUCCUGGAAAAGCAGGAUAUUGCCUUCAAGAGGUUCCCAGCCCACCUGGGCAUGCACUGGGUGGUGGACGCUGCUUUGUCCGUCCGGAAUCUCUUCGUCAACUACGCGGGGUCCUUCUCCCCGUCGCUGAUCCGCACCAUUGUGCUGAAGAUCCCGGUGUCCAAGUACAUCAACCGGCCUUUCCCCAGCUCGGAGCACCAGGCAAGGCACUCCUUCCAGUUCAACGCCUGCGCUGCCCUGCUGGAUGGCGAGGUGGGCCUGGGCUCCUUCUCCGAGAGCAGCAUCCAGCGGCAGGAGCUCAGGGAGCUGCUGGGCAAGGUGGUGGUGGAGCACCCUGAGGACAACGUGGCCAACUUUGACAAGAUGUACGGAGAGGUGGCCCUGCUCCUGCACAGCGGGGACGUGCUGACGGGCAAAUGUGACACUUUCUACGGCCACUGGAGGAAGCCCCUGAGCAAAGAGUCACUCCUGAAGAAGUUUCGAUCCAACGCCUCCCACGUGCUUCCAGAAGAAAAAAUAGAAGCCAUCAUCACUCUGGUGGACAACCUGGAGAACCUGUCAGACAGCUCCCAGCUGGCCUGCAGCCUGUGAGGGGACAGCGUGGGGGCUUGGUGAGGGGCUUGUCCUGGUGAAGCUGCGAUUCCUUUCUUCAUUGGUGCUUUCCUAUUGAUUCCCAAGGACAGGGGAGUUCCCACCCCUUCCAGUAGAUCUUUCCAAACAAACACACGAGGUAGGAGGUGUGUCUGGGCCAGCGCAAGGAAUAAACCUCAGCCCCUGGUUGAUGCUGGCUGAGGAGCUGAAAGGCCACCACAAGUAUAAAAAAAUUCCUAUGGAAAUCUCUGAGAAUCCUCGAAUUCCAGGAGGAACGGUGCCCGUGCAUUUCUUACAACUAGAUCCAAGUUUUUCUGUGCAGGACGCCGAGUCUGGGGAGAGGAGGAGGUUCAGCUGCAGAGCCCGUGCUUUUCUCUGUGCUCCUCUGGGCACUUUUGGGAUCAGGCUCAGGCAGUCCCACUGGCCGCAGGAAAAAUCCAUCCUUGCUGUGAGCAGCCCUGCCUGCAGGACUCCCCAGCAGAGAGGGAUUCUUUUCCUUUCCGGUAAAAGCCUCGUGUUUCUCCAGCAGAUGAGGUGCAGAUGAGAACUCAACAUUUCUCCGCGUGAAACACUGGGGUUGCUGAUCCAAAGAGCUCCUUCCCAAUAUGAUCGUGAUAAAAUUGUGGAAUCUGCUGUGGGAAUUAUGAUUAUGGGAAUUUGGAUUCAAGAGGGAUGAGAUGGGAGCAGACAAGAAGGAAAAUCCUUUUCUCUUGCUGGUCGUGGUUUGUGCAGGGAACGAACCAUCCAGAAGAAAACUGUUUUCCCACCUGUUAAUCCACUGUCCAAUAUUCAUAGUGAAUCUUGCUGAAUAAAGAACAGAAUUAAAUUCAUUUUCUCCGUAAAGAUUUAAUGCUGCGUUAUGUAAACCAUUAGUUUUAAUUGGAAUCUUCACAAUACAGAGGUUUUCUCAAUAGAUGGGGACAGGGACAGCUGGAAUGCUGGCCUGUGGUCAGUGGUUUCUCCAGGGAAAAACACUGAGUCCCCACAGGUUGUUUUUCCUGGAGAUAACAAGAACCAUCAGCCAUCAAAGCCUCCAGUGCUCCAACAUCCCCACUCCAAGAGAAGUUCCUCCAUCAGCAACACAUUCCAAAUACUUGCCAAAUUUCCAUGACAAGUUUUGAGUUUCCCGUGGUUCGGGCCAGGUGUGAGAGUCCCAAAAGUGUCGUUCCAUGUUUCACCCUCCGGUGAACGGGAAAGGCACAGAGCUGGUGUCCUCCAGGCCAGCCAGUGGCUCAGGACUUAAAGGGAUCAACAGAGCCAAGAUGGGCCCCGGUGGAGGGAGCAAAACCCUCUCCCAUGGGGUUUGAACCCAUCUAAUGGGGUUUGAUGCCCUCUCCCGUGGGGGUUGAUGCCCUCUCCCAUGGAUUUUGACCCUCUCCCAUGGGGUUUGACUCCCUUCCGUGAGGUUUGAUCCCCUCUC